AUGAUGACUCCUUGGCAUGCCGAAUAUGCGUUGGAUAGUCUUCCAAUCAUUCUGCUCAUGGGACAAGAGUCCACCAUCCAGCUUUACUGCAUUCGCUACGGUCCGGAAGUCAAUGUAGCUAUCAGUGAUGUUCUCGUUGUCGUAGUAGAAGAGCGCAGUGGAGCGUAUGUGCUCAUUGAUCUGGCCUUCUGUAUGCCACGAGCCGCCUGGAUAGUUGGGAUUCUCUGGGGUGAGGUGGAUGUUGGCGGGCUUGACGAUGACCUGGAGUCUUUUAGGCCCGGUCCCUGGAAGGAUGCUGUGGAAAGUCCUAUCGACUUGACAUCUUCGGCACAGAAAUAUAGCUCAGGUUGGGGGCUUGGCUCAGGCGCGAUAACGGGUUGGGUCUUGUAG